CCAGUAAACACCCAAACCAAUCAAAAAUGGCCACUUCACUACCAACAACAACCCCCGGAUGGGAGCUCCACGGCUCCGGCUCCGGCUCCGGCGCAAACGCACUGAUCUGGAACGAGAACCAGCAACUCCCACCUCUCGGACCGAACGACGUGCUCGUCAAACUGCACGCAUGGGCAAUCAACUACCCCGAUCUCGCAGUGGCCAACGGGACAUUCCCAUGGCGAGAGUCCGCCGACUCGGUGGUAAUCCCCGGAUCCGACGGCGCAGGCGAGAUCAUCGCCCGAGGCACGAACGCCUCGAAAUUCAACGUCUCCGACAAAGUCAUCGUGCUGUUCUACCCUCAUUUCCCCGAGGGUAACGCACCCACGCUGCACCAGAUGCGCGAUGUACCCGGCACAAACACCCACGGCACGUUCCGGCAGUACGCAGUCUUCAACGAGACCGGGCUGAUCGCCAUGCCGUCGACCCUGAGUUAUGUCGAGGCAGCCACUCUUCCGUGCUCGGCCCUAACGGCAUGGAACGCGCUGCAUGGUCUGACGCCGCUGAAGCGCGACGACUUUGUCCUGACGCAGGGAACGGGCGGCGUGUCGCUGUUUGCGGUUCUGUUUGCGCUGGCGGCGGGGGCGACGGUGAUCGCGACGACUUCGUCGAGUGAGAAAGCGGAAAAAUUGAAGAGCAUGGGCGUGCAGCAUGUGUUGAACUACCGCGAGGAUCCGAACUGGGGCGAGACGGCGAGGAAGCUGACUCGCGGUGAGCUGGGAUGCCACCGGGUCAUUGAAGUUGGUGGGCCCCAGACCAUCAAGCAGUCGUUUGAAUGCGUGGCACGAGGUGGUGAGAUUGAUGUGAUUGGGUUCUUGACGGGUCAGGGACAUGCGGAGGAUGGCCCUACGUACUUGGAGCCUCUUAUGCAGGCGUGUAUGGUGCGAGGGAUUGAGGUGGGCAAUCAUAUCCAGUUCCGAGAGAUGAAUCGGGCAAUAGAAGAUGGGAACAUCAAGCCGGUGGUGGAUCAUCGGAUAUUCGGUCUGAAGGAACUGAAGGAGGCGUAUGAAUAUGUUUGGGGACAGCGCCAGUUUGGCAAGGUUGCAAUC